AUGAACGAUAUCGAGAGAUUCACUGUUCGCCGCUUGAAAUACUUCACUAACAAUUUCAGCAAAAAGAAUUACAUUGGAAAGUUUCAGUUUGGCAAAAUCUUCCGUGGAGUUCAGGAGUGUUGCGUUAGUGGGAACAGUUACCUCAUUGUUAAGAUAUGGGACAAUGAUCAAGACCGAGAACAUAAUUUACUCAGACUAGGGGAUGAAAUGUUACUAUUACAUCAUGAAAUGUAUAUAUGCCAUCCUGGGAUGGUUAGGAUGAUGGGUUACUGCAUUGAAGAUGGACAUAUUGCCAUUGUAUUGUUCGUGAAGUCUAAGAAUUCCAUGCAAAAUCUCUUGUCAAGUGGUGAUUUUAAAUGGCUACAUAGGAUUAAAGCUGCGUGUGGAGUGGCUUCUCUCCUCAAGUUUCUGCAUGUUGUACCGCAUCGCAUGAACCCUUUCGUUAUUCGUAAUCUGCGUUCAACUCAUAUAAUGUUAGAUGAGGAAUAUAAUCCAAAAUUGAUUGAUUUUGGCAUGAUUGUUGGUGGGAUUUUUCCAAGCUUGGGAAGACAAUAUCAAGUGGAACCAGCUAAUGACAUACGAUGCACUUGGACAACAAAGGAUGAUGUCUUGUCUUUUGGGUUGUUGCUUCAAUGUUUGAUAUCUGAAAAAUUGAAAAUUGAGUCAAUUGAUGGAUGUUUGGCUACUUCAAAUGACAUAGAGAAGACUCUUGUACAUGAGAGAUUACAGAAAGAUCCAACAUAUUAUCAUGAAGAUGGACAAGAGAUUACAAGGUUGAUUGUGCAAUGUGUGCAGCCUGAUUCUACUUGUCGGCCUACAAUGUCUGAAGUUGUUGAGGCUUUUCAAAAACUAAAACUGAUAGAGACCCACCCAGAAAUUAUGUGCUUAGAGAACUUGUUUCGGAACAAGUGUAGUGCUGAGAAACCUAUGAAUCCUUCAAAACCUAAUAUGCCUAUAAAACAUUUGCUGGGUAACUGA